CUUCCUUUACCCAAAUAUUGACCUAUCAACAAAUUUGCUGGUUGAAACUAGUAUCAUUUCUUUUCAAAACUUAAGCAAUGUGAAAGGAUCAUAAAAAUGGCAGGUUUUUCUUUAAUAUGGAAUCGGAGGAAUUGGAUAUACAGAUUCGCAGCCAUGGUUUGCACGUCGGAUAUCGUUUGUGGCCGGCUUUAUCCGGUUAUCUAAAUUUUGUGUUUUGUGCGUUUUGUGAAUAAAAAAAAGGAAAAUUUAGUUGUAAGAAGCGAAAAAUUGAAAGUCGAAAAAAGAGACAAAAUGGGCCACGGUUUCGGAGAAUUAUAUAAACUAAGGGGAAUAAUCACCUACAGGAUUUCCCCCUUUGAACUGAAAGCAUUUGCUGGUGUUAUCUCCCAUGGAUUCCCAAACACAAUAAGGAGGAUAGCUGAGAACGUAUUGUAUAUUGUUCCACCAAUGGCUAUUGGCUACCUAGUUUAUGAUCAGGUAGAAAAAGGACACCACCAACUCAUGCUGAAGAACCCUGCUGAUUAUGAAAAUGACAAGUAGCCUACUUAUCUUUGGUGAAAAUCUGAAUACCACAGAUCAUAGUAAACUUAGUUCUUAAAUGUACACACCACUUAUACAUUUUAUUUAAUACAAUUUUUUGUUUCAUUA